AUCCAUUAUCAUCCCUCGUCGACUCUACCGCUUGUCCCCCACAACCACUUACUCGCGCUCACGACGCUGAGCGCAACGGCGACGACGACGACAACGACAACGACGAGCUAGAAGUUAACUAUACCGAUAACGGCACUGAUCAGUUUUCACAAGCGAGCCGAAGGAUUCAAGUCAGAACCAGCGGCAGGCUCCAAUUCAAAUCCCAACCAAGCCGAUAGCAAAGAACUUAUCAGCGACUCCAAGCAUCUAUGGCUGGUUCGCUUACAAUCGACACAAUACAUGGACUGCCAAAGGGUUUCAUGGGUUGUCACACCGUCGCCACUGGCUCCAGCUCGAAGAUGACCCUGUCCGUUUACAACUCAAUGAUGACAAAUGGAACCUCUUCCGCUACAACCUCAUCGUACGUUCACCGCCAUUGGAAGCCAGCAAGCUCCACCACAACCACCAUCUACGGAUACACACGUCCGGGUCCCUCAACCCGUGCCGCAUCUGAACCACCAACACACGUAUGCGACGUCGAAAUGCUCGACAUUUCAGAACAAAGCAACCGCAGUGGUGGCUCUCCCUCGGACUCAAUGGGGCGAGAACAACAAUCGACUCCGACGCAACAAACGAAUGGAAGUCACGAGAACCCAAGCUCCAACUUAAAGAGGUCGCAGAGUCAUUGGGGUUUAUUCCCUGUGACGAUGAUGCCCUCCACCACGGAUUCUGACCGUGUUUGUUCUCCUGUUGAGGAGGUAUCAGAAAGUCAAGAACGGGAAGAUGACUCGUCCCAACCCUCCGCUUCGUCUUCAUCCGAGUCCCAAGCCAUGAUGCGGGCUUCCUCCCUGGCGCCCACAGAAAUCGACGACCCCGACGCUGACCAACUUGCCACACUCCUUACCUCCCACAACAUCAAAAUCCGAGAUUACGCAUACGUCCCCUCCACUCGACCACCCGUAGCAGAACUGUUCGACCAAUACGAGGGUAUAGCGGAAUAUGAGUAUCGAUUGCGACAGCGACCUCGACUGUACCCCAUCACUGGAAAGGUUUUGAGGCGGCUGUUGGAUAUCGGGUGGGUUACCAUGGAUGAGGUGAACAGUCGAUGUCAUGCUAUGGACUUCGAGGAGCUCAGAAAAGCGGACGAGAGGCCUGGAGGACCUUACCCGUACAUCGUACGUUGGAAGGAAGGGGAAUAUAUUGCAGGAGGCAUCUUGGUUGCGGCUCCCAACUCCGAACGGCAGAGGGUUCAGGUUAUGGAGGCUAGGCGUGAGAAGUGGAUGAGAUUGGACCGGGUGAGGCGGCGUAUGGAGUUGGAGAUGGAGAGCGAGAGGGUUGAAAGAGAACGUGCUGAAGAGGUCUUGAGGGCGAGGAGACUGCAAUUGAGGAGGGAGAUGAUGGAGAGGCGGAAACGGUCACUCGGGGAUAUUGAAGAGGACUCUUCAUCUGGACCGAAGCGACGCAAGGUGGAGGGAGACGAGGUCGCUGAGGAGGAGGAAUUCGUGGAGUCUCAAAACGACUAUAACGUGCCCGACGACUUUAUGGACGACGCAGAAGAACCCGCUCUCGGAUCCCAGCAGGAACCCGAGCCGUGGACGCGCGAAUACUGGGAUAAACAGCCUGGCAUGGCUGCUUUCAAACCUGAAAAGCAAUACCCCGCUCCCUUGUCGGAAUACGACCCCGAGAUCUAUCCCGAAGCAAGGAGUAUCAUCGAGAGCCAGGAGCAGAGUCAGCAGAGGAGGGGCGCGCUUUUGCACCACAGCCCAAGUCCUGGACCCUCUUCGUCACCUUUUGCACCUUCGUCGUCAUCGCCUGGAGCUGGUCCGUCCACCAGGCCAUUGCAGCCUGCGGGCACGCAACCGCUCGUGAGGACGGAUACGCCACCGCUUGAGGAGAGUCAGCCUAGCCAACCUCAGCACCAGAUGGGACCAGGGCUAGGUAAACCGAACAGGGGUUUGAAGAGGACACUCAGUCGGACUCAGACCUUCUCGCAGUUGUAG